AUGGAGCAUAUCUCAUUAGAUACUGAAAUUAAUGCACUCAAAGCUAUAUAUGAAAUUAGUACUGGGGUAAUAUCUAUGAAUAAGCUUCCAGAAUCUGGAAUUUUAUAUAAAGAGUUAGAUAAUACAUUAUACUUAUAUGUAAGUUUAAUAAAAUAUACUAUAAACAAAUUAUCUUGUCUGAACUUAAAUAAUUCUCUUGCUCAGGUGGAAUACUCAGAAGGUAUCAUGGAAUUUAAAAUUGGGAUACCAUCUGGAUACCCUCAAGAGGAGUUAGCUUAUGACCUUUCCAAUUGGUUCUUUGAUGCCCAUUUAUUAUUUAUGAAGGACUCGUCUAUAUCAUCUAGAAGUAUUGGAUUACCCUCUGAACUACUUAAAUUAUUGAGAGAUUUAAUAUUAUCACGCUUAAAUAAGAGAGAUGAACCUAUGCUUUUCGAGAUGACUGAGAUCUUACGUUCAUAUCACUAUAACUUAUCAAAUAAAAAAAGAAAUAAUUUAGAAGAAACUAAAUCUUCGAAAAGUGUGUUCGAAGAUUCUAAAGUAAAACUUGAUAGUUCUAACGGUGAUCUAAUCUAUGGAAUAACUCAUGGCGAACCAAUUAUAGACAGAAAGAGUGUUUUCCAAGCUCAUGUAUGUAGAGUUUAUUCAACAGAAGAAGUUGAAAAAGUACUAAAAUGGUUAUUAAAUAAUUCAAAAAUUGAGAGAGCAACUCAUAAUAUAUGGUCAUAUAGAUUAUGUCGUGAUAAUAAACAAAAAAUAUCUGGAGGAUCAUUCCCUAUAGGUUAUGAUGUUAUUGUACAAGAUCAUGAUUCUGAUGGUGAAACUGCUGCAGGAGGAAGAUUACAACAUCUUUUAAAUGUAACUAAUGCAAAAAAUGUAUUUGUUAUGGUUUCUAGAUGGUAUGGUGGUAUUCAACUAGGCCCAGAUAGGUUCAAACAUAUAAAUAAUGCUGCAAGAUUAACAUUAGAGAAAUGUGGCCUUAUUACAACUAAAUCUAAUAAUAAUAAAAAAAUUGUAUAA